UCGUGCUCGCUCGCUCCGAGCAAUCUCCAAUAUAUAGGGUACUACUAACUCUUUCCCAUUCAUUCGUUCUAUUUUCCAAGGAAAAGAAGACAUAAGACGAAUCCCUCUUAUCGCAGCAGGAGCAGCGUAGUUGGCAAGCAGUGCUUUGACCCAUAAAGGAAGCUUCUUGGCCGGUGUGUGAAUAGAGAACCGGGCUGUCAAACACGGUUGGCAGCCCGAUUUUCUUAAAUAGAUACCACACCCAGGUGGGAUUUUUGUUUGUCUGGGUCUUCACCUAUCCAAUUGAGUUAGCAGUAUUAGCUUAUGAUGUUACAAAAGGUUUCAUUAGUAUCGGUAUGAGAGAUUUUGAGUUGCGUUACCAGUAUGGGUUCCUUGUCCGGAAUCCUUCAACGACCACUAGUUGCGGCUGCUGCGGUCACUGUAGCAUCUGUUUCUGCUGAUCUUUCUGAUAAACUGCCAUUACACAAAUCUUCAGAUACUUUUGCUACCUCGGAUUUAGCAAAUUCAUCGGUUUGCAAUUCCUUGCAAGGAUCAAAGCCAUCAUGGGUUUCUCAUAUCUCAGUUUCUAAGCUAGCCAACUUGUCAUUUGUGACUAGAAUUCGAGUGCCUGUUCCUAACAUUAACUUCCCGGUUCCUGAUUCAGGCCGCAAUUUUGUACCCAGUUUGUUCUCUACUUCUGUUGCAUCUUCUCCGCUUCUUCUUAAUUUGUAUCAGUCCGCAGACUUGGCCAAAGCUCCAAAGCCAACUGCACAUGGGCAGAGUAUAUCUAACUCGCCUUCUGAGGUUAUGUAUCGAUGGCAUUUACCUGAGCCAAAUGCGAUAGAUGUAUCAGGUGUUUCUGAUUGUUCAUCUGCAAAGUCUAGAACGGUGGUGGUUUUGCUUGGAUGGUUGGGAGCAAAGCAGAAACAUCUUAAUAGAUAUGCAGAAUGGUAUACUUCGAGGGGGUUUCAUGCCAUUACCUUUACUUUUCCAAUGGCUGAGAUUCUUAGUUACCAGUUUGGUGGGAAUGCUGAAGAGCAUAUAGACUUGCUUGUGAACCACUUGGCUGGUUGGUUAGAAGAGGAGCAUGGAAAGAACCUGGUGUUUCAUACCUUCAGCAACACUGGAUGGUUAACGUAUGGGGUUAUUUUGGAGAAGUUGAAGAAACAGGAUCCUUCUUUGAUGGGAAGGAUUAGGGGUUGCAUUGUAGAUUCUGCACCAGUUGCAGCACCUGAUCCACAGGUCUGGGCUUCAGGUUUCUCUGCAGCUUUUCUGAAAAAGCAUAGUGUUGCAACAAAGGGAAAUAUUCGUCCCAAGGAAUCUGGCAUGGAGGUAUUGGUUGGCAAUAAUCAAGCUGCGGAACCUAAACCUGCAGUGACUGAAGCAGCAUUGCUUUUACUUCUGGAGAAGUUCUUUGAGGUGGUCUUGAAUCUCCCUGCAAUUAACAGGAGGCUUUCUGAUGUAUUGAGGCUGUUAUCAUCUGGACAACCAAGCUGUCCACAAUUAUACAUAUAUAGCACUGCGGACAGGGUUAUUCCUUCAGGUUCGGUGGAAUCAUUCAUAGAGAAGCAGCAGAAGGCAGGGCAUGAGGUCCGGGCCUGCAACUUUGUGUCCACACCUCAUGUUGAUCAUUUUAGAAAUGAUCCAAAACUGUAUAGUCUGCAGCUGACCCAGUUUUUAGAGGACUGCGUGCUUACAUGUUGCAAACGUUCGGUAUAGUCAAUCAAGCUCAUGAGUCGCUAACCGACUCUUUCUUACAACAUUUAUAUUUAUUAUACAACUCAUAACUGAUUCAUUGAUCUAGAGGUUGUUGAAUGCAAUAAAAAAGAGUUUUAGCUAUCUAUUCAUAUUACUUUGUUCAUUACAUGUAAAAA